AUGGAUUUUACAAAGCCAUUGAACAAUAGGUAUGAUCCUUAUGUGACCAAAGCAAAAUUAGAUGAAUUCAUAGUCCACCAUUUAUCGACAGAGCACAAGUUCCCACUUAACAAUAAAUACUCCAACUCCAAGCUGAUAAUAGGGUCGAUUGCAAUUCUUUUUACAAUCAUUGCACACGCUUAUGAAUACGUUUACAACGCCCAUUUUCCUAAAGACUACUGGAUAACCCUCGUCUGUGUGAUUUUCUAUUUUAUUUUCAAUUUUAUUUAUCAGUACAUCGAAUACUUUGUAGAGCAAGAAAUUUUCUUUACAUCAAACCCUGAAGCAUCUCAAUGGAGCCAUUUAAACGAAAUUUCUAUUUCAUCGUCUAUAAAGAAAUUUGACUGCUAUUACAAUAUUAAGCUCUAUCUGAAUGUAAAGCCAAAAGCUGAGAUAAAACACAAAAAAGAUAUGAAAAAAUUAAGAGAUAAUUUAUAUGUCUGGGAAACAAAAAUUAUUGUAUCAAGAUUUUUCACAGAAGAUGGGCAUAUGGUGAACGAAAAUGUGAUUAAACUUAUCAAUGAAGUCCUUGAAGCUGCUGCGAAAGUCUAA